CCGGGUUAUGGGCGGGCUCAUUGCUUGUCGCUGGAUGAUUGGCGAGGUCGCAAGCAGCGAGAAGCGACAGACCAUCAACGUCUUUUUUGGACGCGAGAGGCUUCGUCAUUGCUGCCCUGUUGUUCCCCCUCCACAUGCCCCUCGAUUCACGUCCUUGUCCUCUUGCCGACAACACAUGCGCCAACCACUAUCCCGCCUCUGCCCCACCUAGAUAUUACGCUGCAUACCACUCUCACCCCAGACCAAGCAUGAGUGCGCCCAAGAGCGUCGAGCAAAUCGUGACCGCGGCGUCCAACUUCGACCAUGCGGCCAACAUCCCCCUCAACAUGGCCCUGCGCACCGCCCAGAACAUGACCAGCCAAGCCAACGACUACGAGCGCGAUGGAAACCUACAAGACGCCUACCUAUUCCUCUACCGCCAUGCCGACUUCUUCUUCACCCACAUCUCGAAACACCCGGAUGCGAAGAAGCCAGACUUCAAGCCGCAGAUGGCUCGCGCCCGCGACGACGUCAAGGCUGAUCUGUCGCGCAUGGAGGCCCUGAAGCCCGACAUUACAAAGCGCUACCAAAAGUACCAGGACCUCGUCAAGAGGAGGACCGAUUCAAAGUCACAUCGAGAGCCAGCUCCCGCGCCGGAAGACUCGCUUGUGCUGAGUGCCGGUGAGCACAAGGACAUAGCCCUACAACUGGCCAACCGCGAGCUACGGAGAAGGAGAAAGGACCCUCGCGACGACAACUCUGUCAUGGACGACCUGAGCCGUGGAAUACAGCAUCUGGGCCGACGUAUCGAUGCUCCUCGACAAUCUCGUCAAUCUCACUCAUCCUCACAAGCAUCGUCGGCAUACCACUACCCUGCAGUACCAUCGACUCAUGGCUCUGUUCCGCAGUCGUCAGCAUCUCUUGCACCCAGUCGGCCUCCCAAGAAUCACCUGUCCACCUACGGUGCACCCCCACCACUACCUUCAAAGACGGGCCAAUCUGCUCCCCCUCUACCGCUCAAGGCAAACGCACCACCCCCACCGCCAAAACAAGACCUCUCCAACUCCCAAUCCUACACGUUCCAACAAGCCGCCUACACCGAAAACGGCACCCCUCUCCGCACCCUCUUCCUCCCCACCGCCCUCCGCACCUCCUUCGUCGCCCUCGCCCACCCAAACACUUGCUCCAAUCUCGAAACCUGCGGCAUCCUCUGCGGCACCCUGAUCUCAAACGCCCUCUUCAUCUCCCACCUCGUCAUCCCAGAUCAAACAGCAACUUCUGACACUUGUGAAACCACCGAUGUGGGAGAGACUGAAUUGUUUGAUCAUGUAGAUAAUGAGGGCUUGAUGGUUUGUGGUUGGAUACAUACACAUCCCACCCAGACUUGUUUCUUGUCUUCGAGGGACUUGCAUACUAGUGUGGGCUAUCAGGUCAUGUUGCCAGAAAGUGUUGCUAUUGUUUGUGCGCCAUCUAAAUCUCCCGAUCAUGGUAUCUUCCGUCUCACAGACCCCCCGGGCAAAGAAGCGAUUCUGAAUUGUCACAAGCCUGGUAUUUUCCAUCCUCACGACGAGGGAAAUCUAUACACGGAUGCAUUGAGACCUGGUCAUGUUUCCGAAUUGUCAGGCUUGCAGUUUCAAGUCGUGGAUCUGAGGAAGAAGAAGUAAGACUGGGUAUAGCAAGAGUAUGUUACUUCAAAGGAAGAUGGAAGAUUAUCGUAUUCGUCUUUCAAAAAUGUCCCGACAAAGAUACACGCCUCCAAAUCACACAGCCACAAACAAGACUGCAUGAUUACAAGAGGCAAAAUUGUCGAAUAUCCCUCUUAUCCACCAAACCCCCCUUCUUUCCUACUACCUCUGUGAGGUGUGUGGACGAGAGAAAUGACUUGGUUUACCAUGAAAGGCUUGGACUAGAGUGCAUGUUUUGAUGUUCCGCGUGGAAUACUGAGCAAGGAUCAUGGCUCUUGAAUCAAUGCUCCACCUUGCAACGCGGUUUGUUUGUUUGUGUGUGUGUG